GCUUUGGGGCUGGGAUCUCCGCUAUACAGAUUGGGCGAGAUCUCUGCUGUGGUUUCCGCGAAGCUGUUGGGGACCCUCCACCUCCCCUCGGCAGACUGCACCUUCUCUUUCAACUUUUCGUCCUUUGGGUGGCAGCUUCCGUGACCUCUGCUUCCUCCAGUUUUUUCCUCAGUCGGUCCUCAGCUGAAGGUUUUACCUCCUGGUCAGACAUAGUGACAGUGACUUCACCCAGGGUCUCUACACAGCAGUGGCCUCAGAUGCCUGCUCAGAGUCCCAUGAGAGCAAGAGAGUAGCUCUCUGGUGCCAGUGCCCUGUUGUUCAGGCAUAUUCAUUAUCAUUCUCAUAGGAUGGCAGCUCUUGGUCUCUCUCCCACAUGUGCUAUAUCCACGCAGGAUCCUGCCCAUAUCCAGGACUCAGAAAUUCCUCUUUCUUCAAAAGACCAUUCCUGUCACCAGGACGUGGACCUGUUUGCUUGUAAUGGCCUGGAGCCUCAUAUGCCAACUAAUGCUAGUUCCCAGGAAUCAGUGACUUUCCAGGAUGUUGCAGUGGACUUUACUGAGAAGGAGUGGCCCUUGCUGGAUUCUUCUCAGAGAAAGCUGUACAAGGAUGUGAUGUUGGAGAACUAUAGCAACCUCGCCUCAGUGGGGUGUCAAGUGGGCAAACCCAGCCUCAUCUCCCACUUGGAAGAAGAAGAGGAGCUGAGGACAGAGGAGACGGGACUUCAUGGAGGCACUUGUCCCGAUUGGGAGACUCCAUCUAAAACUAAAUGGUCCAUUCUCAUGGAAGAUAUUCUUGGGAAGGAAACAUCCAGUGGUGUGGCAAUGGAAAGAACUCGCCUUGGAGAGAAAUCCACUGAAUAUGCUCACCUGUUAGAAGUCUUCAGCAUUGGCACUCAUCUUACUCAGCAGAUGGGAAGGCACACUAGCAAGAGGCCCUGUCACCGCAGAGACUGUGGGGUAGUUUUCAAGAACAGGUCGCACAUAACCCAACAUGUGAGCAUUUACAAUGGGAGAAAAAUGCACGAAUGUCAUCAGUGCCAAAAAGCCUUCACCACAAGUGCUUCCCUUACGCGGCACAGGAGAAUACAUACUGGGGAGAAACCCUAUGAAUGCAAUGCCUGUGGGAAAGCUUUCAAUGAUCCAUCAGCCCUCAGGAGUCAUGCAAGAACUCACCUCACAGAGAAGCCCUUUGACUGUAGUCAGUGUGGAAAUGCAUUCCGAACCCUCUCAGCCCUGAAGAUCCACAUGAGAGUUCACACUGGGGAGAGACCUUACAAGUGUGACGAAUGUGGGAAGGCCUACGGCAGGAGCUGCCACCUCAUUGCACACAGAAGAACACACACUGGAGAGAGACCCUAUGAAUGUCACGAUUGUGGGAAAGCUUUCCAGCAUCCCUCACAUCUCAAAGAGCACGUCAGGAAUCACACUGGAGAGAAACCCUAUGAAUGCACACAGUGUGGGAAAGCCUUUCGAUGGAAGUCUAACUUUAAUUUGCACAAGAAGAACCACAUGGUACAGAAAACAUACGAAUGUAAAGAAUGUGGGAAAUCUUUUGGUGAUCUCUUGUCCCGGAGAAAACACAUGCGCAUUCAUAUUGUAAAGAAGCCUGUUGAAUGUAGGCAGUGUGGGAAAACAUUCAGAAACCAAUCCAUCCUUAAGACACACAUGAAUUCUCACACUGGAGAGAAGCCAUACAGGUGUGAUCUGUGUGGGAAAGCCUUCAGUGCAAGCUCAAACCUAACUGCACACAGGAAAAUACACACUCAAGAGAGACGCUAUGAAUGUGCCGCCUGUGGGAAAGUCUUCGGUGAUUAUUUAUCCCGGAGGCGGCACAUGAGUAUUCAUCUUGUAAAGAAACAUGUUGAAUGUAGACAGUGUGGGAAAGCCUUCAGAAACCAGUCAACCCUUAAGACACACAUGAGGAGUCACACAGGAGAGAAGCCAUAUGAGUGUGAUCACUGUGGGAAAGCCUUCAGUAUAGGCUCCAACCUUAACGUCCAUAGGAGAAUACACACUGGUGAGAAGCCCUAUGAAUGCCCGGCCUGUGGGAAAGCCUUCAGUGAUCACUCAUCUCUUCGGAGUCAUGUGAAAACUCACCGGGGAGAGAAACUCUUUGUGUCAUCCGUGUGGAAAAGGCUUCAAUGAUACCUCUUUAAGAAACAUGAGAACUCAGACUAGAAGGAAACCUCGUAAGUGUAAGAAAGGCAGGAAAGCCUUUAUUAAUUCAUCUUACGGACACAAAAGAAUACAUGUAACUUGGGAGAAAUACAAUUUGUGUAAUGAUUGUGGGAAGACAUGAGUUUUUUUCCAUCACUUUGGAGAUUCGUGAGAACUCACGCAGGGAGAGAAAACAUAACUGUGGUGUGGAGAAGCCAUUUGUACAUUCAGCUCUUAACAUGAGAAUUUAGGGAGAGAAACCUUGGACUGGUAUGGAAUGUUGAAAUGACUUUAGCACCAGCUUGUACCUUCUGGGCAUACAAGUAAGCUCACUAGGGAGACUCUGUAAAUUCAACGACUAAGCCAACAUUUCCUGGUCUUAACUGUAUUCCUCAUGAGAGAAAUACCGCAGAAGAGAAGCAUCUCUAAAGUAAGGAGCAUGGAAAAGUCAAUGGGACAGCAAGCUACAGACAGCUGUCUGCUUUUUUUGUACAGUCCACAAGCUAAGAAUAGUUUACAUUUUUAAGGAAGAAAAAGGUGUGAUACAGACCGUGUAUGUCCCACAAAGUCUACAGUACUCACUGCCUGGCCCGUUACAGAAAAUUUGUCAAACCCUGUUUGCACAGCAGCAGUUCUCAACAGGGCAUGGUUUUGCUCCCCAGGGGACAUUUGGCAGUACCUGGAGACAUUUUUGGUGGUUAAACUUAGUGGAGGUGCAACUGCAUGCAGUUGGAAGACUUCAAGGAUGCUGUUAAAUAUCCUAAAAUGCAUAGGAGGCCCCCAGAACAAAGAAUUAUGUACCCCAAAAUAAUGAGAAGUUGAGAAACAUUGGCUUAUAACAGCCUUUCAAUUUUUAUGAAACUUGAGUACUCAUACUAGGAGAAAUUUCUAUUUAAAACUUCAAAAUUAUAAUCAAUGUAAUAGUUUUAGGAAACGUGAGAACCCACACUGCAGACAAUCCCUGUGUGGAGAUGAUUUCAGCUACCAUCCCCUCAAUCGUGCUUAUAAGAAUUCAUUCACACCUCAACGGAAUUUUCUAGUGAAUAUUAAAUUGCAUUUGUUAGUUUUUCAUAAUGAAAACAGACCCUCAUUAAUUUUUAGCCUUUGUUUUUAAGGUUAUGCUCUAAAUUACCUUUAGGCCACAUUACAAAGGUUUGUAUGUAGUAUUUUUAUUUCAUUCUUGAUAGUAUGUUAAUUUCAUUUUGGGUGACUUGACCUGUAGAAUCUUAUUGUGUAUUGUGUAACGUGGGUAUUUUUAGUACCUGUUUGUUACAAGUAUCUAAUUCAAACGAAUUGUGAUCAGAGCAUGAUGUUUUCAUUAGAUGGAUCCUUUGGGAUGUUCUCAGCUUCUUGUCCAGCCAAGAGUGACAUAUACUUUUAGUUGCUUCCCUAGUAGCUCAUCUUCCAUAUCAAGAAAACCCAGAUUUUGUCAGACUAGUAAGGUGUGCUAUUUUAAAAAUCAGGUUUUCUUGCAACUAGUACAGUCCAUGUUACACAUUGACAAAUAAGCAGAUGUUACUAUGGGUACUGAGAAUGGUCUUGACAAAGGUCAUUCUUACCUGGACUCUUCCCCACAUGUCUUGUUUUUUUGCUCUUCCCUCUACUUCUCACCUUGCAAGGAGAUCCAGUACCUAGUGUUAAAAGAUCCAUCUUGUGACCAACCAUGAGGAUGCAAGCCACAGCCUAGGGAGGAUCCUACAGAAAAUCACAAGUGAUUCUGGCUUAGCCAGUGGCUUCUUUGAGUGUCUACACUAGCCAUGGAUUUGUUAUAUCCAGGCUUCCUGUUACAUAAAAAAAAAAUAAAACUGAUUAUGGGUUUAAGCUGC